AUGGUAAGGCAACUAUACACAUCGUUGGUUAGACCACACUUGGAAUUCGCAGCUCCAGUGUGGAGUCCAAGUAAUAAAAACAAUAUCAAUGAUCUAGAAAAAAUUCAAAGACGAGCAACAAUGCUACCCCCUGAACUAAAACAUCUAAGUUAUACGGAAAGAUUGACAAAUUUGGGCCGCACAACUCUGGAAACAAGACGUAUAAGAGGAGAUCUCAUUGCUUUCUUUAAAUUAACAACUGGGAUUGACAAGAUACUAUGGUAUAAAGAGCCUAAUAAAGCUUGUUCCCAGAGACUUCGAGGUCAUCCAAUGAAAUUUGAAAGAGAAUUUGCAAAAACAACACCGAGACAUAAUUUUUUUACGAACAGAGUGAUACCUCAUUGGAAUGCUUUACCUGAAAAAGUGGUUUCUGCAAUGACAUUAAUUAAUGUAAUCGAUCACGUGGAUUACGGAAACUAUUUUGUUUUUCAUUUUCUUUAUAUGUUUUGUAUUAAUCAAGAGAUAAUGUCAAAAACCUUUCACCAAAUGACAACUGUUAUUAAUAAAUUAUUAUUACGUAAAGGUUUAUUUAAUGAAGCAAUCGAUAUAUUAAAAGCUGUUCAAAGUUUUAAUACAAAAACUUAUGGUGAAGAAAAUAAACACACGCUAGAUACAAAGUAUAGUAUUGCACACUGCUUGUACAAAAUGGGAAAAUAUAAUGAAGCUUUAGAAAUUAAUAAAUCUGUUAAUAUAGUGCGAACUAAAAAUUUAGGUAACAACCAUACAGAUACAAUGGCAACAAAAAAUAAUAUCGCAAUCUGUUUGUAUGCUAUGGGAGAAUAUAAAAAAGCUUUAAAAAUUUUCAAUUCCGUUGAUAAAACAGGGACUGAAAUUUUAGGUAUCGACCAUCGAGAUACAAUGGCAACAAAAAAUAAUAUUGCACUUUGUUUGAACAAUAUGGGAAAAUAUAACGAAGCUUUAGAAAUUCAUUACUCUGUUUAUAAUAUACGUACUAAAAUUUUAGGUUUCGAACAUCCAGAUACAAUGAGAACAAAAAAUAAUAUCGCAAGCUGUGUGUACGCUAUGGGAAAAUAUAACGAAGCUUUAGAAAUUUUCUAUUCCUUUGAUAAAAGAGAAACUGAAAUUUUAGGGAUAACCCAUACAUCUACCAUGACAACUAAAAACAAUAUUGCAGCCUGUUUGUAUUCACCAUCCGUCUACAAAGCUAACAAAGAAAAAUAUCAAAACAUGUUUCAGGAAUAA